GUUUUAGGUCUAAAUGUGCCUCUAAUUUUAAUUCAGAAAAUAGUGUACUUGUCAGAAAUUUGGAAAACACAGGUCCAGCUUGAAAGAGGUGUGGUAUGAAUGACAGCUGUGUUUAAUGUCAUCUUGCACUGUUUGCAUGGUGCAAGCAGCUGACCCUGGUAACUAUGUAGAAUAUAAAGGAGCAUUCUUUAUUUGCUCUUUAUCAUAACUGCUCCUCUUUAAUUGUUUUUCUAAAGGACCUCUGGACAUCAUGAAUCACACUGUAGUAUAUGAUACCUCAGAAACUGUGGAGUUCUGUGCUUUUCAUCAACUCUUUCUUAUGCCAGUAGUGAAAAUGACAAUCUGUAUAGUGCUUCCAGAACCCACCGGACCUACCUACAUAGUCCCAAAGUGGGAAGUGAUUGAAAAGCUGAAGAAAAUGGUUUGUCCAGACCGGUUCGCCAGUGUUAAGGUUACCAAGAACACUAAGGGUUUCAUUCUGUGUGAGGGAGAGGCAGACACCAAUCGUGUGUUUUGUAGGCUGAAGGAGAAGCUUCAUGGCAAGAUGAUAAACCUCAGUGGCUUCAAAGAUGAUUUGCAAGUGGUUGUCAUGGAGCCACCUUCCAAUCCGCCAGCUCCUCAGGAGUUGGAACCCACUAGAGAAUUGCCAGAGGAAGACUUAGCAGAGCAAAGCAAGUAUAGUCCUGGUUGCAUCUAUUUGGAAGGAUUGCCAUGCAAAUGGUUUGCAGUGAAAGGCUCAGGUAGUGAAUCACCAAGGGAAGAUGUCUUGAGAGCAGUGUUUGAAAAUUUUGGGAAGAUCAAGAACAUAGAUAUCCCUAUGCUUGACCCUUAUAGAGAAGAAGUGGGAGGACGCAUGAAUAAUUUGACUUUGCGUUCCCUUUUGAACCUGCGGACAUUUGAAGCUUUUGUCCAGUACCAGGAGUCCACAUCUUGUUCAAAAGCUAUGGAGACAUUUAAGGGAAUGAAGCUGGUGUUUAAAGGGGAUGAUGGAAAAGCUCUUGCAUGUUACAUCAAGGUGACGUCUGAUACUACUGAUCAUUUCAGUGAUACUGCUGUAAAUCAGAGAAACCUGGAAAAAUCAACUCUGCGAGAACUAGAGAGAGAGCGAAAGAGGAAAGAAGACAGGGGGGGGAAACGGAUUGAAAGAAAACGACGCGAUGAUGAAGAAAAGAAAACUGGAGAAGGAAAGAGGAAGUAUAAGCACAAGAAACAUGGGCGAAGGGAGAUAGAUUGGGAUACAAAACGCCCAAGAAAGCAGCGGAAGGUAACAGAUGCGGAAGAUUUGUGGACAGAGAAGAUGCCCAAUUGGGAAGAGAAGAAACACGAUAUAGCUCAGAAAAGAGAGGAGUCCAUGAGGCUGCUUUCCCUGCUCUUAAACAAAGUAAAAGACGUUGCACAAGCAUCCGAGCAAAUAGGGGGCCCUCUGCUGAAUCUUGAAAUCAAAAGGGAGAAUUGCUCCUUUGCAUCUCAGAUACAGAAUGCACCAAAGGAACAAGUAAACUGCCUUGGGCAACAAGAGUCGAAGAAUAAGAGAGAAACCAAGUGUCAGUCACCUCAGUUGGCGGAUGCUUUUAUUGAGCAGCAGCAGCAGCAGCAGCAGCAGCAGCAGCAGCAGCACAUUCCAUUUAAGUUGCCUCCAUUACCUGAUCCGUUUUGGAGAAAUACUUUGAACAGGCCAGUCGCGGAAACCAUCACCACCUACGUAACACACGGCCCCCAUGACAGCCACUCGUUUGGGUGCUCCUCUAAAGCUUCCAGGGAGAGAGAAUUCAGGAAGCCCAAGGUAUAUGAAACUGAUGAAUUCACACAUUAUUUACUCAACUACUAUCAAACCCCAGAAUAUGCACGGGACUUUCCAAGGGUGGAUAACCCAGCGAAUAAGUCUCAGUGGCAGAGGGUGGUGUAUUUCAAUAAGGACAGCUUACAGAUUAACCUGCAGAACAAAGAUAGGCAGUGCAUGACGGAUUUGAUUUGUGUACCAAAUACCCAAGAGAAAAGCUCUAGACGUAGUGAUAACUGGAAAGUAAUGGAUGAGGAACCUGGGGUUAUGCCAAGAAGCCAGGCAUGUGCUAGGGAGUUUGCCAAAAACUAUCGGGGCAAAGAUCUGUCAAAUGAGGCUGAAGAAGGAACGCUGCGUGGUAAAUUGAAUAGUCGUGUCCUAGUAAGUGUAGCUCAUGAUAGAAAAUCUGAAGCAGAAGACACUGAAAUGGUGGCUAUGGCAUCACACAAGCUAGUUGGCCGUGUGAAUAAAUUGAAGGAUGUAUUGGAAGAGAUCAGCAGUGAUUCUGAAUCCUUCAGUGAGGCACUUAAUGAGUCACGAAGCAAAAAAGAAAGAAAAAAUGGUGGUGGCUGCAAGGUGUCACCCUUCGGUCAGAAAAUGGUGAGAGAUUUGUCGAUUUCUGUCCAAAAUGAUUGUUGUGGUACUCAAGGUAUUGAACGCAGCAAACACAGUUUCUUCUCACGCUCUGAGUACUGUGAUUCAGCAAGGCACUCCAAGCUAAAGCUUAGGACAACAUACAAAAGAGCCAGCAGCAAAGCAAGGGGUGAAGAACAAAGAGUCAAAUGGACAUCUAGUGAUGAGGAGAGGGAAGCUGAUCGGAAGAACAACAGAAAGAGAUAUUCUGGAAACAAUUUGUCUGAUGAUGAACCGCAGUUCUUUAAAGCAAACCAUUGUGAAAAGAUGGAGUCUCUUGGCAAGAUGUCCCAUCACAAAAUGAAAUGUAAAACUCAUCACAUCAUGCCAGAGGCAGUAAAAGCAAAAGAUGCCACCCAUUCGGGCGGGUCUCCUUUUCAAGAAGCUCACCCAAAGGCAGAUAAGGGGAAUGUAGACAUUAAUAAGACCGGUGAGAAUGGGUGCCAAAUAAAUGAAAAGCAGAGAAUUUUCAAGGCUAGCGCAAGAAGAGUGGUGCCAGGGCAGAAAGGAAAGGCGAGAGAAUUGGUGAGAUGGUGAAACAAGCAAGUGGGUGGAAUAGGAUGGGGGCAGCUUUCAGUUUUUGGAAGCCCUUUUUGGUGUUAAUGAGCAGCUCCUGCAACGGGGACAUUCUUCACUCCAGGAGGUUUUGCUGCAACUCCUGGUGUUCAGGGGACUUGCUGUUAAGAAAAUAGGUGGAAACAGAUUCCUGAAGGACGCCCUUUGUUUCCUGUCAAAACAAUUCAAUCCAUAUGCAGA